AUGACGGUUAAUACCAACAUCAGCAACAGUAAUGGCGGUAGCACUGCGAGCAACUUGCUCGAAGACCCCAUUGAUUACUCUCCACUCCAAGCCUGGGUCGCGCAGCAGGAGACCAACCCCAAACCUCUUACACCAUCUCAACGUAGAGCCCUUUCCGAUCUCAUGCUCUCUCUGCGGGCUGAAGAACCCGAGGUUGGUGACCGAGACUGGAUCAGUCUCUUACAAAGAUAUCUCGAUGCCUCGAAAAAGGAAGGCGCCUCGGCUUCGUACAGGGAGGAGGCUGCUCCAAACAACAAAUGGUCGUACAAAUGCAUUUUCAAGCUCGCCGAAGACAUCGAGGCUGUGACCUUCCCCAACGAGGACGCCGGCUUCGUCUUUGUUGACGGCACGCCGAGCAUGCCCAGCUUCGCUCGCAAGAAAGACGCUAAAAAGUAUGCCGCCAAGUGCUGCGUCGGAUGGCUCAUGGCCAAGGAGCUGAUGCCAUCUGACGGGGAGAACGUCGCGUUUCCGAAGAACGGGCGCAAAGUGCCGCUUGCCACUUCGUCGUCAUCGCACGUGUCGGCUGCAGCGGGAGUGGCCGGCCGUAGUAACGACAGCGGCGAUGGCGCCGACGAUAAUAUUCGCCUUACGCAGCAGGUCAUUGAGUUGUGCCGCCGUCUGAGCAUCGCGCCGCCGCGGUACGAGAUUAAGCCGUGCGAUGAGACACCCACUGAUGGUUUCUUCACUGGGUAUGCCGACUUUGGCGCGGAUAGCGUCAAGGUACCCGACAACCUGGGCAGGGUGAGGGCAUACACUGAAAAGAAGACCAGGGAAAAGAUUGCGCAGGAGGUUCUGAAUUGUCUAAUCCAGGAGGACAGGGAACGCACUGAGCAAAUGGAAGCUCUGCUUAACAUGAAGUUGCGAGCUGCGGCCAACGGCUGA